UGCCUCUUCCUCCACCCUUCCUUCCCGCCCUCCGCCGCCGCCCGCCGCAGCGCCGGUUCCUCCCCCUCGCCUGCCGCCCCGCCCGGCGCUGCCGCAUCCGGGUCCUGGCGCCGCUGUCACUAUGGUCAUGGCGGAGGGGACGGCAGUGCUGAGGCGGAACAGGCCGGGUACCAAGGCCCAGGAUUUCUACAACUGGCCUGAUGAGUCCUUUGAGGAAAUGGACAGUACACUGGCUGUUCAGCAGUAUAUUCAGCAAAACAUAAGGGCAGACUGUUCCAACAUUGAUAAGAUUCUUGAACCUCCUGAAGGCCAGGAUGAAGGUGUAUGGAAGUACGAACAUCUAAGACAGUUCUGCCUUGAGCUCAAUGGACUAGCUGUCAAGCUUCAGAGUGAAUGUCACCCAGACACGUGUACUCAGAUGACAGCAACUGAGCAGUGGAUUUUCCUUUGUGCAGCUCACAAAACUCCCAAAGAGUGUCCUGCUAUAGACUACACCAGACACACACUUGAUGGAGCUGCUUGUCUUCUGAAUAGCAAUAAAUACUUCCCCAGCAGGGUUAGCAUAAAGGAAUCCUCUGUAGCCAAGUUAGGAUCGGUGUGCCGAAGGAUUUACAGAAUAUUUUCACACGCGUAUUUUCACCACCGGCAGAUAUUCGAUGAGUAUGAAAAUGAAACUUUCUUGUGUCACCGGUUCACUAAGUUUGUGAUGAAGUACAAUCUGAUGUCCAAGGAUAACCUGAUUGUACCAAUUUUGGAAGAAGAAGUGCAAAAUUCAGUCUCAGGGGAGAGCGAGGCGUGAGGGGCUGGCUGUGCAGAGGCCUGUGCUGCCUACCAACGUGAAAUCUGUACUGUCAUUUUAGACACUUCAAUCACUAUCCCUUAGCUUCGGUUAGUACACUUUUUGUAUGCUGUGUGCACUGCCUUUUCAUAUGGGAAAUACUUUUAAGUUAUUCAUGAGCUGUAUAUUCAUCAGUGUGGCACUCAUGGUUUUUAAAUAAAAGUAGUAGUACCUGUUUAUAAUGCCUGUUAAUAAAAUGAAUUUACAGUUCUCUAAAAUUGCUGCUAAACAAUCAUUGAAUCACAAUCCUGAAGGUGUGUCUGAUGGGGAGGGGAAGCAGCGAGAGGAAGAUUUCACAGCAAGCCAUUUUGUAACGCAGGAGCUCCAGUAACUCAUUUUAGUUCAAAGAUUAGCACCGUAAAUAUCUAACUAACUCUACAGGAAAGCUUCUUGCAAUGUAGCUUGUUCCUAAUUUAGCUUUUAUUUUUUUAGCUUUGAAGAUUUACUUAAAACUCUGUGGAUGUGCAUAUCCAAAUAGUAAUAGGAGCUACAAUAUUAGUAAUACCAAAAAGACAAUUUCACUAUGCUAUUGUACACAGAUAUUCUUGGUAGAUAUCUAACAUACCUUCUGGAUGUGUUUUGUUGCUGCCAGUGGGAAGGUUUGUGUAGAGCAGGGGACAGGUGCUGUCCUAUUAAGGCAGUCUGCUGCUGUUCUCCACAACUUCUCUAAAGAAUAACCACAGCAGAGAAGUCAGUGGCUUACACCUGUGUGUAUUUAUGGCAACCGCUUACAGACUAUACCUCAUAAGUAUGUUACACUACAGAGCAUGUAUUCCUAGUAAGAAACAUUCUAAGUAAUGAAAUGCUGAACUUGGCUCUUUGCAAGAGUGAAUCAUGUUUUUGACAUAUAUUAUUUUUCCUUCAUUCACCUGAAUUAUGUUCUUGGGCAGAAAGAUUGGAUUCACCCUUUCUAUUCCCUAUCAAGAUUUUUAUUUCUAGUUAUGUUUGCAGAUUUGCAAUAACUGACAAUUUCCAUGAGUGCUGCUUAACUGUGUUCUGUCUAGGAUGCUAGAAUUAAGUGUUUUAGAGGUGAAGGUAGCAGACACGCUGCUAAGUGUACAAGGCUACAAUAGGGGCGUGUUUGUGUUAAGUGGAUUUUGCUUACAGCUGUUUGGUUCCCUCUGAGGUUGCCAGGGGUCCUCUUUUUGUUCCUUUAAGCAGGUCAGACUGGGCUAACUCAUCUAGUUCUGUAAGUUACACUUUGUUUUCUACCUUGUACUUACUUAGAAAGAAGGGAGUCCACCUCUUUUAAAUGUCUUUUCUCAGAAUAUACUAAACAUGCCUUAAAUGCUGUUUUUCUUUACACAAAUCAAGCACACCUCAAGCAACUGUACCACCUGGAUGUAAAGGGAAUUGAAACAAUGAGAAAACAGAGAGAUGGGCUUAAGUCCUUCAACAGGUCUAAUCCUUCCUUCAGCAGCCCUUUUUGUCUCAUAUGUAUCAUGAUGUUUUAAGUGUCAGCAGGGUAAUUGCAAGAUAUGUUGUCCAAGCAGAAGUGGCUUUACAGUCAACACUUACCUGUAAUUACCUUGUACAGACCAGGCUACUCUGUUUCGAUGGAUACCUUAAAGGUAGUGCUGCAAGUAGGAGGAGGUGGUAAGAGAUGCUGAGUUCUGCAAGAGCCUGCUGCAGGACCAUCAGGGUGUGGUUCUGUUGCAGGGUCACCGCACACUCAUGCAGGCUGUGGUGACUGGGAUGGGCCAAGCCCCAGAACCGGGCUUGCUCAUUACAUUUCUUUUGCAAAACUGAAGAAAACAAUGUCAUGGCUCAGGACUGCAUUGAAAUGUCACACCUCUUUUCUUCCCUUAUGCUUUAAGAGUUCCACUGCAAAACAAAGCUCGGGUAGUUCUACUCCUGUGGAUUCUCAUUCCACUUUGCACUGUAAAGCUGACUUGCUCUACUAAGCUAAUUUUAUUGAAGGCCGAAGUGAAACACUGCUUGUAUUUUCCCUCGCUGUUGUUUACAUGAGUACUGUGUACACACAUGUGCCUGGAUGGUACCCUAACACUUCAGUCAGCCUAAGCAAACCCUUGAGUUGUCUAAGAAAUAUUAACAGGUUUAAUUUAGACUCUACAGACUAGGGACACUAAGACUGUCUUUGAAUUAUAUUGUAAAAGAAAAAAAAAGUUAAAAUUAAACUGUUUCUUUAUCCACACCACUA